CAAUUACGUUUUUGAAAAUCAUGUGAAAAACGCCUUUAAAAUCCUGCUUCGGAGGUGGAGGAGGAAGAAGAAGACUUCACCACCGCCAAAGUUCCGAUGAUCUUCUCUUUAGUUCAUUCUUUCCCUAUAAUCUGUCUCUCAAGCCCCACCUCUACAUCCCAAUAUUCCUCCGAAGCCACGUUCAUCCGCCGCGCCGCCCAGAUCGCCGAUAAAUCCGCCGGACUCACAGCUCCCCAUCCCAACUAUGGCUGCAUUGUCGCUACUCCUUCCGGCGCUCUUGCCGGCCAGGGCUUCCUCGUUGGCCAGGGCACCAAAUCGGCUGAACUUCAGGCCGUCGAAGCAGCCGGCGAAUACUGCCGUGGAGCUACUGCGUUUCUUAAUUUGGAGUCCAGUGUAUCCGCCGCCGACGACCUUGCGGUUUCUGCUUUCGUCCAGGCAGGGAUUAAAAGGGUAGUGGUUGGAAUGAGGCAUCCUUUGCAACAUCUAAGAGGAAAUGCUGUGAGGGCUUUAAGAAGUCAAGGAGUUCAAGUUGAUGUUCUUGGAGAGGACUUAAAGAGUAGAGACAUUGAGGAAGCUCAAAAAGCAUGCCUCCUUGUUAAUGCUCCAUUGAUUUGUAAAGCUGCUUCUCAAGUUCCUUUCUCUGUACUUAAAUAUGCCAUGACCCUUGAUGGGAAAAUUGCUACAACUACUGGUCAUUCAGCAUGGAUUAGUAGCGUAACGUCUAGACAUCGGGUUUCAGAAUUACGAGGAAGAAGCGAUGCAGUUAUAGUAGGAGGCAACACCAUACGAAAGGAUGAUCCCAAUCUAACUGCAAGACAUGGUGGUGGACAUAGUCCUGUCCGUGUUGUGAUGUCAAGAACUCUUGAUCUUCCUGAAGAAGCAAAGGUUUGGGAUACAAGUAGUGUACCAACCAUGGUUGUGACACAAAGGGGUGCUGUAAGGAGUUUCCAGAAACUUCUUGCAUCGAAAGGAGUUGAAGUCGUCGAGUUUAAUAAUCUAAACCCUCGAGAUGUAGCGGAAUAUUUUCACGACCGUGGCUACCUUUCGGUUUUGUGGGAGUGUGGAGGAACUCUUGCAGCUUCAGCCAUUGCAUCUGGGAUAGUACAUAAGGUUUUUGCAUUUGUUGCUCCUAAGAUUAUUGGGGGAAGGAAUGCACCAUCUCCAGUUGGUGAACUUGGGAUGGUUGAGAUGUCCCAAGCUUUAGAACUAAUUGAUGUUCAAUAUGAAAAGGUUGAGGAAGACAUGAUGAUCAGUGGAUUUCUUCAACCUAUAUCAGAUAUUUCUCCAAUUAUCCCAUCGUGCUACGAAACCUUAGCAAUUGACCCAACCAUUAUUCCCUACGAACCAAAUAUCAUAUCCUUUUACAAUACCUGGGAUAAUUAUGGCACUCUUUCAAACUUUUCACCUCAUGCAAUUCAUAUCGCCAAUGAAAAUGGCGAUUAUAGCACUUGGAUGACUGUAGAACACUAUUAUCAGGCUCACAAAUUUAUUGGGGUUGAUGAUCCUCUUGCUCAAGAAUGUGUGGAGGAAAUAAAAUCUGCAAGCAGUCCUGAGGAAGCAACAAGGAUUGCAAGGUUAUUGCAGAAGAAACAUCCUGAUUUGGUGAGAUCUGAUUGGGAUACUGCCAAGCUUGAUGUUAUGUACAGAGCACUGAAAUGCAAAUUUUCAAGUUAUCCUGGUUUGAAAUCCAUGUUACUAUCAACUGUUGGAUCUGUUCUAGUUGAAGCAUCACCGCAUGAUCUUGUUUGGGGUGGAGGCCAAUUUGGAGAAGGCCUAAAUUACCUCGGGAGGCUGUUGAUGAAACUCAGAGCCGAGUUCCUCGGUCGUUCGUCGAAACAAAGCCAAGACGACCCUAAGUUCAUUUCGGAGAAAAAAGAGAGAAUCAAUAAUCACUUCUGCUAAAGGUAUUUACUGUGGUUUAGAAGGAGCCAUUUCCUGUUUGUGCUUGCAACUUAUAAGUAUCAACUUAUUAAGUUGACCUGAAAAUGAUAGAUAUCUUUUAUUUGAGAUCAACAUGUGGCGAUAAGAAUUCAAAUUUCUAAACUUUUGGUC